GAAGGAAUUGCUCGACGAUUGUCCAGGGGAAGCUUCCAUCCGACCGAACGUAGGGUGUGAAAGUUCAGUAUGUGCUGCGAAGAGUCAACUACACUGUGGGAAGGCAUCGCAAAGGCUUGCUAUGCUAUCCUCUCUUACACUGGAUUUAAUUGGUAAGAGUCUCUUAGAGAGGUAGUACAGGUAGUAGGUACAUCUUCUCUAUUAGAUAUCUUAACUGUCGUGAUCAAAUAUAACCGUCGUCAACAAAAAAAUGUCAUACUUACUAGUUUAAGAAAAUGCAAAGCAAAUACAAAUACUUACUUACGAACAGGUACAAGUGCAGCAUAGUUAAUCUUUCAUAUGGUCAUUUCCUCAAUCAUUACGAACAGGUACAUCAAUCAAUACUACAAUUUCAAUUCUUACAAGUUAUCAUUUGUUACGUCUAAGAGCAAAAAGCUAGUUAUUGGUUCGGUUUUGCAAUCGCAAGUGAAGAAAAAUCGUAGUGUUGUUGUUGUUGUUGUUAUUUCAUGCUCAUGAAAUACCAUCAGGCUCAGGCCUCUUCGGUGAUCUCUCUCAACGCUGUCCUUAAUGUUCGUGUUGUUAUCUCUCUCACUAGUUAGAUGCACAGGUGUUUUCAGUUUGAUCGUUUUGCAACGUAGUAGACAGAAAGCGACGGCUACUAGUCACUAGUAGUGGUCUAGUAGAAGACAGAAAUAACGCAGAAGUGUCGUAUUUUCAAAAAAGUAAUAGAAGUUCUCACAAGUGCUGUAGACAACUCAGAAAAUAAAUAUGGUUUUUUCUUCCAAAUUAACUGCCUUCCUAGUAUGGGAAGCGUUUCGCGGUGCCACGAACAUGAUCUGUGGCUAUAAUGCCUUUUCUUCUAUUCAUUAGGACUACUAAAGUUUUGGAUCAUCCUCAUCGUUGUUGGUAUUUCUCUUGAUGUAUAUCUUAAUCUUUGUGUUGGAAAUGGAAUCAUGUGCCACAAGCCCAAAGCCUAACAACAACUCGAUCACGCUGUGGCGUGGUGACUCGUCAAAUACACCAGUAUUGCGCCAAAAAUGAUGCUUCAC